UUAAUUUUCAAUUGAAACCACACGUGCUGGCACGGACAAUUCUGUAGUAGUGAAAUAGAGAAAUUAAGAAAAUUUAUAGGCAAAGGUGCGCUUGUUGUUAAAAGAAAUGCAUUUGGCGUUUAAGUUACAUAAUCAGCGAAUGGCAAAAAUAAUUUGAAUUGACAUAUUGACGAAAAUCAAACAGAUUUCAUCAGCCAAAAGUGGGAGAGGAAUAGAGACAACCCCACAGCGCAUUAAAGAAAAGAAAUAAUAAGGCAAAAUAAAAAAAACUUGUCGACAAAUACAACAAUAAAUAAAUCAAAAUAAAAGAGAUAGAAAAUAUGAGCUGGCCAACAACAAAACAAAGGCAGAAAUUUGUGAAUAGCAGCAGCAGCAACAAAAACGGCAAAAAGUCUGCGCCUAGAAACAAGAUAAAUUUAGCAAACGAUUUUCUUUGAUUUUGCGUUAAUGUUUCUCGCACAAUUUAAAACCAAAGAGUGUAAAUAGAAGUAAAGAAAUUAGAACAAAGAGAGAAAUACGAAAUACAAUAAAAUUGUAGCUUGAAUUUCACGCACAACAAAAACAAGAAAACAGCAACAAAUCCAUCGAGUUAAGAUAACAAUAAUACAACAAAGAGCAACAAAGUGUUGGAAAAAAUAAAAAUGAGCAAAAUGAAUUCUACCACUGGACCCGGAGCCGUAGCUGCUGUAGUUGCAGGAAGUCCCAAGAAAUUCAAUGUCUUUGCCCAUCUUAAGUAUGAGCAUAUGGUGGCGGGUGUUUCCGGCGGAGUGGCCUCUACCCUAAUAUUGCAUCCACUGGAUUUGAUUAAAAUCCGUUUUGCUGUUAAUGAUGGACGCACAGCUGCAGUGCCGCAAUAUCGAGGCCUGGGCAGCGCCUUCACCACUAUCUUUCGUCAAGAGGGUUUCCGUGGUCUCUACAAAGGCGUCACGCCCAAUGUUUGGGGCUCGGGCUCCUCAUGGGGACUUUACUUCAUGUUCUAUAAUACCAUCAAGACGUUUAUUCAGGGUGGUAAUACGACCAUGCCCUUGGGUCCUACUAUGCAUAUGCUGGCUGCUGCUGAGUCUGGUGCCCUAACGUUGCUCCUAACUAAUCCCAUUUGGGUGGUGAAAACGCGUUUGUGCCUGCAGUGCGAUGCAACUUCGAGUGCUGAAUAUCGUGGCAUGAUCCAUGCCCUGGCCCAAAUCUACAAAGAGGAGGGUAUUCGGGGUCUAUACAGAGGCUUUGUUCCCGGCAUGUUGGGUGUCUCCCAUGGAGCCAUACAAUUCAUGACCUACGAGGAAUUGAAGAAUGCUUACAAUGAUUACCGCAAGCUGCCCAUCGAUACCAAGCUGGCUACUACAGAAUAUUUGGCCUUUGCCGCUAUAUCCAAAUUGAUAGCUGCCGCGGCCACUUAUCCGUAUCAGGUGGUACGCGCCCGUCUGCAGGAUCAUCAUCAUCGCUACAAUGGCACCUGGGACUGCAUCAAACAGACUUGGAGGUUUGAGGGCAUGCCCGGCUUCUAUAAGGGAUUGCAAGCCAGUCUUGUGCGUGUGGUCCCAGCCUGUAUGAUCACAUUUCUGGUUUACGAGAACGUAUCGCAUUUCAUGCUGGCGCGACGAAAGGACGCCUCUCAAAUUAAAAACCAAGCCACUCAAUCUGGUCUGGACAAAAAUCAGCAAUUAGAGCCACCAAAGCCGACUAAAAAUUAAGGAAAUUUCCGUGUUUAUAAAUAGUUAUUAAGAUUCGAUUCGAUAGUCAACUCCAAACAUAUGCAAAGUGUAUAUAUUUUCUACCUCUGAACACAUACCUUGUAAAAUUUUCGAUAAUGCUGAGCAUUGGUCAUGUUUUACACUAAAUGAUAAAUUAAUAUAAGGUUUUUAGUUCCUUGAUCAAA